AUGGCGGAUGCACUGGAACAGAGUGUGCUUGCUUUGGAGAGUACACUUUCGGUGUUGAAAGAUUCUGUCGAAUCUCUGAAGCACGCAAAUGAACCUAGCACGAACCUUGCAUCAACGAUGCUACAAACUAAGAGGGUUUUCCGUUUAGUGCCCGAGUAUGACGUGGAGAGGUCUAAAUUGGAUUUAAUUGAAGAAGUAGAGCCGCUUGUUAGGACGUUGGGCGAUAAAUUACGCAAGUCUAUGGGGAGAAUGCAAAGAGAACUGGAUACAUUGCAGCAGACUUAUGAAUUGAAUGAUUUACGAUUAAAGAAGAAUAUUAAUAUGGAAGAAGAUAACGACGGUCUUGAUAAUUCGGACAUGGGUCGCGAUGAUGGAGGUGGAGAUGCUGAUGUUAGUACCGAUGUGGUUAUGAUGGCAUCUUCUACUAAUGAGGAAUUAGAAGAAUUGAAGAGAUUAAAGGAGAAGAAAAAGCAAUUGCAAGAAGAUUUGCAAACACUUAAGCAGAAAUAG